CCCAGGGAUGGGGACCCUGCCCAGCCGUGAGAAGCCGCUGGGAGUCCCGCCAGCAGCUGCUGGCCCCACGCAGCCCACGUCGGCAGGUGAGUGCCAUGGCUGGCGUCCUUCAGCCGGGCUGUGCCGUGCCCAGGGAGCUCUGAGCCCCCUCUCCUUCCCCGCAGCCCCCAGCAGCUUCCUGGCCCUCUGUGACUUCCCCUCCGGUGCGGGGGCAGCCGCGGUGCUGAGGAUGGGCGAGCGGCUCCGCGUCCUGUCUGAGGAUGGGGAGUGGUGGUUGGUGGCAUCCGAGGUGUCUGGCAAGGAGUGCCACAUCCCCAGCAGCUGCGUGGCCAAGGUCAGGCACAGGUGGCUGUAUGAGGGCGUCAGUCGGCAGAAGGCGGAAGAGCUGCUGCUGCAGCCCGGCAACCACAGCGGAUCCUUCCUGAUCCGGGAGAGCCAGACUAGGCGAGGCUGCUACUCGCUGUCGGUGCGCCGGGGGGAGCGCGGGCCCUGGGCCUCCGUCACCCACUACCGCAUCCAGCGCCUGGGCAACGGCUGGCUCUACAUCGCUCCCCGCCUCACCUUCCCCAGCCUGCACCGCCUGGUGGAACACUACUCGGAGCUGGGCGAGGGGCUGUGCUGUGCCCUCAGGGAGCCCUGCUCCGGCGGACAGGCCAGGCCAGCCCCGGCGCCGGCGCCGCCUGCUGUGGUGAAGCUGCCGUCACUCAACUGGGAUGAGAUCGGCAGCUCCCUCCUGUGCUCUGAGACCGAGUCGCCCCCUGAGGACUCUCCCAUCAGCCUGGGCCUGCGGGAAGCCGUCAGCUCCUACCUCCUCCUGACAGACACGGCCACGCCUGAGCAGGGGGCAAAGAAGAGCUGAUGAGAGGGUCCCGCUUGGCCCCAGCCCCACAGCGGGUGCCUGUCCCUGCUCAGGCUGCUCCUGGUUUCAGCCACAGGAGCUUUGCCCCUGGGAGGCUGAUACUGGGGACACAGGGUGCCGAGAACAAAGAGGGGAGUCUGCUGGAAGAAGGGGCUGCACCAGGGCUGCCCUGUCUGAAGCUGGGCCCUUGGGGAUGUAGAGCCUGAGCACCCCCAGCCUCACCCAGCACCAGUGGGAUGAGGAGCAGAAGCUGCGCAUCAAAGGACUGUUCCUGCUCCAAAGGCUGCAGCGGGUCUGGCUGCGGCUGCGUCCAGUGGCUGCAGGGAAAGCGGAUGCAAAUGAUCAGUGAGCAGAAGCCUGGCCCAGGGAACAGCCCAACCUCCUUGGGCCCAAAGCAAUCAUGCACAAACUGUUUCGGGGUGGGAUGUCCUUGGAGGACAGGGCCUGGGAAUCCACUGCCAUGUACCCUCAUACUUUCACCCACCAGCCAGUCUUGCUCUGCUGGUCCCAGUGAGCAUAAGUGGGAGGAAAACAGCCUCCUGCUGCACCCAAAGUAGCUGAUUUUUGAACCUCUUAACAUAUAGAUUAUCCUGGGUUUAAGGUCUACAAUACAGGAUCCUUCUGGCUGCAGCAAUAACCAUUCUUAGUAUCUUAAUUAAAGG